AUGGACAGUAUCAUCGGGUCGGUGGGGAGAGUGGCCAAUGUUAAAGUACGCAACGACGACGACCUCAACGACAGAGUCAACCAUCUGUACACUACAGGCAUACUCAUCAUCUUCACCGUUGUCGUUAGCGCCAGGCAGUAUGUUGGCGACCCUAUCAGGUGCUGGUGCCCAGCGCAGUUUACCGGAGCCCACGUCGACUACACAAACAACAUCUGCUGGAUCUCCAACACUACUAUGUGCCCAUGGACGAUGGAGAACGAGCUGACCUACUAUCAGUGGGUGCCCGUAAUGCUGCUGAUCCAGGCCCUUAUGUUCUAUAUACCUUGUAUAAUGUGGCGUCUACUGAACGGGCAGUCAGGCAUCAACGUUGAUCGAAUAGUCUCUUUGGCCAGCGAUGCCCAGUAUGAAGCACCUGAGAUCCGCAUCCGUACAAUCAAGUUCGUGGUUCGACAUAUAGACCGUUGUUUGGAUAAUCAACGUGAAAGCCGUCCUAGAUGUUGCGUCACUUUGUUACAUAUCCUUUCAGCUAAGUUGUCUCUUCUGUGUGGUCGGCGGUACGGCAACUACCUCGUUGCCACAUACCUCGCAAUGAAGGUGCUUUAUAUCUCAAACGCCAUAGGUCAACUGUUCAUGCUGAACGCGUUUCUAGCCACAGAAUAUAAUCUCUACGGCUUUGAAGUUUUAGAAGAUUUGAUAGAAGAGCACGACUGGACCGCGUCCAGGCGCUUUCCUCGCGUCACCAUGUGUGACUUCGACAUCCGUCAGAUGUCCAACAACCACCACUACACCGUCCAGUGCGUCCUGCCCAUAAACCUCUUCAAUGAGAAAAUAUACAUAUUCCUGUGGUUCUGGCUUGUGUUCGUGGCAGUUGUCACGUGCUACAGUUUCCUCUCGUGGCUGUGGCACAUGAUGUUUCCGUCCUCGCGAACGCACUAUAUCAGAAAGUUCUUGAAGAUCAUGGACCGAAUCUCAUCCGGUCCUGACAAGAAGCUAGCCACACGUUUCACGAUGGAGUAUCUACGCCACGAUGGUGUCUUCACGUUGAGACUGGUCGGGAAGAACUCUAGCGACAUUGUGGUAGCAGAAAUCGUGUCUGGAUUAUGGGACCUGUACAGAAGUAAAAAGUCUAUACAGAUUCGCAAUGCAGCAGCCCUGCAAGCUAACGGACACGACAGCGAAGGCGACGAUGUAUAG